AUGGCUUCCUGGUUCCAGAUUCCCAAGAACUCGCCGUUCUCGCUGGCCAACAUUCCGUUCGGCAUCAUCUCAGUCCAAUCCGCCUCGCGAGUGCCCGCCAUUGCGAUCGGUGACCAUGCGUUGAACUUGAAUGCCUUCGCCUCGUCGGGAGGGUUUUCGCAAUUGCCCGCAAUUCAGCAGCAUUUGCAUGUCUUCAACCAGCCAACUCUCAAUGCAUUCGCUGCGUUGGGCCGGCCCGUACACCGGCAGGUGCGCGAGUACUUGCAAAACGUCUUCCGCGCCGACACCCAGUUCCCCCAGGUGCUCAAGGACAAUGCGGCGCUGCAGAAGUCCGCGCUUGUGCCGCUCUCCCAGGUGACCAACCACGUCCCCAUGCAGAUUGGCGACUACACCGACUUCUACGCUGGGUUGAACCACGCCUACAACGUUGGAGUACUUUUCCGCGGGCCGGAGAAUGCGCUGCAGCCCAACUACAAGCACCUGCCAGUGGCUUACCACGGCCGUGCCUCGUCGGUCGUUCCAUCCGGGACUCCCUUGCACCGUCCCAACGGCCAGAUCCUGGCCAACCCCGCUGCCAAUCCCAAGCUUCCCACCUUCUCACCGUGCAAGAAACUAGAUAUCGAGCUGGAGCUGGCUUGCUUCAUUAGCAAGCCCAAUGACCUCGGCAAGCCCGUCUCCAUCGAUGAGGCGGAAGAUCACAUCUUCGGUCUGGUACUUAUGAACGACUGGUCCGCCCGCGAUAUCCAGGCAUGGGAGUACGUCCCUCUGGGUCCCUUCAAUGCCAAGAACUUUGGUACUACCAUCACCCCCUGGGUGGUCCUGAUGGAUGCUCUGGAGCCUUUCCGUGCAGCUGGUCUGGAGCCCGGUAACCGCGACUCUCUCCUCCCCUAUCUGCGCGAGAAGCGCGCUGAGAACGCCUAUGAGAUCCCGCUCGAGGUUGAGAUCACCAACCAGGGCGGCCAACCUACCGUGAUCUCUCACAGCAACGCUAGAAAUUUGCUCUACUCCUUCCCCCAGAUGGUUGCCCACCACACCAUCACCGGCUGUAACCUGAAAACUGGUGACCUGCUUGGCUCUGGUACCAUCUCUGGCACUGAGCCUCAGACGGAGGGCAGUCUUCUGGAGCAGACCAACGGCAAGAACCCCCUCAAGCUUGCCGAUGGCUCAGAGCGUCUGUUCCUCGAGGACGGCGACACUGUCGUCCUGCGCGGCAUUGCUGGCACAGAAGGCAACUAUGUCGGCUUUGGCGACUGUGUUGGUACCAUCCUACCCCCCGUCUCGCUGUAA